AUGCCGGCUAAAUAUCCGACAUCUACGGCGAACAAGCGCGCCGUCUACACUAUUAGGCCGAAAGACAUUGUCGAGAUACUCUACCACCGAAAAUGCGACGAGUCCGAGGAGUUUCUUGUCCGCUGGAGGACCAAUCCUAUCUAUCCACGGCCGCCGCGCGCUGUGCUGUCCUGGCACGCGCUUUCGGAGCUGGACGACUGCCUGCACCUUGUCCAACUGUACCUGGAGAACAUCAACGCGAGCAAAUCUUCUAAUGAAACGACUACAACUGAUGGGCCGACCGAGACUUCAUCUCUUUCAUAUUCCCGAAAGAGAAAGCUGUCAGGUGACCAAGUCCUGUCACGUGAUACCGCGAAUGGUCUCCUUACGCCAGCAAACAGUGCCGACCGCUCAAGAUCACCAAGCGCGGAGCGUACGACAGGAGGAUCAUUUGGCCCUCGUGUAUACAAUGGCAUCCUGCAGCGCAAGGAAGGCCGGGUCAUCGCCAAGUCGGUCAAAAAGCUGCCAGAAGCAGCGAGAGAAGACGUCGUCACGAUCAACUCCACGACUUUGCCGACACCAACUAUGCUCCUCGAUGCAAGUAAGGCGCCUACAAAGCAAUCCGAACUUGCCAUACGAAUGAGGUUCCUUGAGCUGCUGAAGCCCGUGAAAGGUGUUCAGUUGCAAAAUCUCGUGGACACAACGACUCCUUCGCUGAACUUUACCUUCGUUGACGACUACGUGCUGAGGGACGGCGUUGACGCACAGGAACCCGAAGCCUAUGAGGGCUGUGUCAAGAAGUGCAAACCCAACAUGGGACAGAACAUGGGCUGCGAAUACACGCAAUGGUGCGAGUGCCUCGAGUAUGCCGCUGUCGACGAGCGUGCCCUGGAGCGAAAGGAUCCAAAACUCCACGCAACAUACAUGCAAGCGAAAGCGGCCGGCGAAGAUAUCGACACCAUGGGAAUGCCGAAACGCUUUCCUUACAGUGCGCCUAAAGACAACCGCUCAGUGCCGCAGACGCUGGGCAGUUACUACCUGGAGAAGCGGGAGCCUGUGUACGAGUGCAAUCACAAUUGCAAGUGCGGUCCCAGAUGCAAGAGUCGGGUCGUCCAAAAAGGCCGCAAGGUGCCACUGACUAUCUUCAAGACAGAGAAUCGCGGCUGGGGCGUAUACUGCAACGAGGACCUUAUGGCUGGAGAAUUUAUCGACACGUACCUAGGUGAAGUUAUUACCGAUACAGAGGCCGAUCGACGAGAGACCGAGUCGGGCAAAAUGAAGAACAGCUACUUCUUCAGCCUGGACAAGUUCAGCACUGAGCACGACGGCGAAAUUGAACCCGAGGACUGCUUCAUCGUCGACGGACAAUACAUGGGUGGACCCACCCGCUUCAUCAAUCACAGCUGCGAGCCCAACUGCAAACAGUACGUUGUGUCGUUCAACAAGAACGACUUCAAGCUGUACAACCUCGCCUUCUUCGCGUACGAGAACAUCCGAGCUGGAACGGAGCUGACCUUCGACUACUUCGAUCUCGACGAGGUGGAGGAGGAUGAGGCAAUUAGGCGGCGAGAAGAGGCCGAGAAAGAUCCAGAGAACAAGGACAAAGUGCGGUGCAAUUGCGGCACGGUCAAGUGUCGUGGCUUCUUGUGGUGA